AUGGCUCAGGUGAGCGGAAAUCAUCCCUGGAUUUCUUGAUCGAUUCCUUGGUUUACGAAGUAUGAGAUGAUAGUCCAUUUGCGCUCCUUCGGCUGCCGUCUUUCCUGAUUCGUUCGUUUGAAAUUCCCCGUCCUUGUUCGGUGUUCCUCGGCAGAAAGUAGUUGUGAAGGUGUCGGGGAUGAUCGACGAGAAGACGAAGCAAAAGGCAAUCGAAGCUGUCGCCGAAAUCGAUGGUAUCGACUCCUGUCCUUCUCUUCCCCACCUCGGUCCGUUUUCUCGGCUCCUUUCGGAGAUCCUUUCGACGAACGAUUCAUUACUACCAGAGUUAUCUACCGAGUCUGAAAUUCCCACCGGUUUGUCUCGUGAAAAUAGGUGUUGAUUCAAUCGCUGCUGAACUGAAGGAUCAGAAGGUCACCGCCGUUGGAGCGAUAGACGCCAUAAAGGUCGUCAUGAAGUUGAAGAAGAUUGGAAAGGUAGAGGUAGUAUCAGUAGGCCCGGCCAACGAAGAGAAGAAGGAUGAGAAGAAAAAAUAG